AGCCUUGCCGGGAGUGUCGCAAGCAUCCUCAAGGAGAGGGAAGAGAAAGUCCAAUCGGCAUGGGAUCGCGUGAGCAAGAUGUCGGCUAAAAUGGCAGGCAUGAAUGACAUUGAGCGACUUGAGAAGGAGGUGCAGACCACCAAGGCUUCCGUGGUUGCUGGCGCACUAAUGUCCCUGACUGCUCCAUAUUACGACGUCUGCUUUCUCCUAGACCUGUCCUUUCGUCCCAGUUCGAACCGACCCAGGCUUCCAGGAACAAUGCGCGGAGCAACAAACCUCUCUUCUGUGAUAAUUCAACGGACGAUUGAACUCAUGGCCGCCGAGCUUGGUAAUUGUGGCGAUAUUUACUCCUGA